AUUUUCAAGUAUUUAUUUUUGUGAACAAAGUUUUUCAGGGUUUGCAUAAAAAUCCUCCAAGAUAGGAAAACAAGCGAUGCUAGAUCAUACCUCACUCUAGCAAAAAGUGAUAGUCAUUCAGGGGUAAAUUAACAAACUAAAAAAAAGCCCUAUACAUUUCAUUAAAAAAACCAUUUCUGGCCGGGUGCGAUGGCUCACGCCUGUAAUCCCAGCACUUUGGGAGUCUGAGGCGGGCAGAUUGCUUGAGCCCAGGAGUUCAAGACCAGCCUGGGCAACAUAGUUAGACCACUAUCUCUGAAAAAAAAAAGAAAAGAAAAGAAAAAGUAAUACACUUCCAGAUAAAACUUUGCUUUUUAUAUGUAAUAAUCUAUAAAAAUGGUAACAUAUUGUUUUCAUCAUUUGUGUACUCAUAAUAGUUGUGUUAGUUCAGAAAAAAAUCAUAGCAAUUAGAUUCUUAUGGCUUAAUACUCUUAAAUGUAGAGUCAAUUAUCAUUAUUUCUGGUAGUUAUGUUCUAGAAAGUUACCUUGAUCAUUGAAUUACUGACAAAUGCAACACUGCUGUGAGGAGAAAUAUAGCGUUAAGAUCCACGAAGACUCUGGCCAGAACAUUUUGCCAACCAAUCAAUACAUAACCUUGUUUUAUGUGUAUUUUCGUUUGAAGAUAGCUUAUUUAAUAUAAAUUUCUUACAAGUAAUCGUAUGCAGUAUUUCUUUAUAAUAAACACUGUGUUUCAGUUACAGCAUUAUGUACUCCUAUGACUGUACUAGUUUAAUUCUCAGUCAUAAGUACACACAUGCACACAAUACACAUAUACAGUACUCACAUAACACGGAAUACUGUGAACAUGCUUUAUACUGUAUAGCACAGUAAUAACAAAUACAUAAAGUCCUGAAAAAAGCAUUAAGUGAAGAUUAAGCAUUUAAAGUUUUAUACAUUUAAAGUAACUAAAGUCUUACUGUAAUAGAACUGCAGGAUGUGUGAUGGUCAGUGAGUGCACUGUGGUUUACCCUAUCAACCUUAGCUUGCCCCAUGAAAAUCAAAAGAGGCUGGUGGAACUCACCCUGCACAAGAGGCAGAUGUCAGUAAGGGCAGCACAUUGUGAUCUGGCAGAGCUACCUUAGGAGUUUGCCUUUUGCAACUUGUUGAUGGUGUUGGCAACUGUCUCUCAAACUGGCUAGAAAAAUUGGUUCAGCCUUGUCUGCCUGGCUUUUCGCCUCAAAUCUUUAAGCAUCUCAGAAUAAGGGAUAAAUGCAGUGGAAGUGAGGUGCUUAAAUGUGAGGCCACGUUCAAGUACAGGGUCACAUUCUUCCAUGUCAUUGAAAAUUUUUUACAAGGCAGAAUUCUAUUCUGAUAUUUUGGCUGCUGUGAGAGGGACAAUUCUUGGAGUCUUAGGGUGACUUUCAUCCCUGACUAUGCUCCCAUGUUUUGCCAUCUCAUCGAGGUUUUUGUUUGUGGGUUCUACUGCCUUCUCUGACAAAAUUUCCUCCACAUCUUCUUCCUUCAUGUCAUUGAAACCUUCUCCACUUAUUUGCCAUGCAAUAUGCAUUGUUUUUUUACAUUGUUUUUUAUAUAUUCUGAAACACCUUCAAAGCCUUGAAAAGUUUUCACAGAGUCUGGCCAAAUGUUUUCCCAGCAGUUAUUGAUAGUAGCCUGCUUGAUGCUGUCCCACGCUGUGCCAACAUAAUCAAUAAUGCUGCGUAUAGUGAGUGAUUUCCAGUAGUCUAUCAUGGUGGCUUCCUUGUUGGCGUCAAGAGCCUCACAAGCUUUACAAUAAAGUUCCCUCGUGUAGUGUGCCUUGAAAGUUUGUAUUAUGCCCUGAGGGGCUGGACGAGAGAUGUAGUAUUGGGGGCAUGAAAAGAACUUCUUUUUUGGGGUGAGCAUUUUCAAGUUCAUCGUGCAAUGAACUGGGGCAUUAUCCAAAAUUAAUAAGACCCAGAAAGCAAGGUUUUUGCCCUAGAGAUAUUGUUCAACUUCUGGAAUGAAGCAGUGGUGGAACCAAUCCCAGAAUAUUUCAGAUACCAGCCAUGCUUUUCUGUUCUACCGCCAAUGGACUGGCAUGCAGUUCAGAUUUUUCCCUUUAAGGGCUCAUGGGUUUUGGGCUCUGUACACCAUCAGAGGUUUGCACUUAAAGUCGCCCUUGGCAUUGGUGCACAAUAGCAAGGUUGAAUGCUUUAAAGUCAGGGGCUUGCGUGACCAUUUACAUUACAUAGGUUCAUUUGCCAACAUUCUUAUAAAACAAGCAGUCUCGUCAGCAUUGAAAACCUGCUCUUUACCAUAACCCUUUAACCCUUUUCACGUAUAACACUUAGCAGACAUUUUAAAAAUUCUUCCGCAGCCUCCUUAUGGCAGAACCUGCCUUGCCUGCAAGUUUAAAAUUUGAUUUCAUGCUGUACCGCCUUUUGAAAUGUGCCAGCCAGCCUGCACUGGCUGAGAAGGGUUUAAUAUUUUCCUGACCUUGGGUAACAUGGCUGUAAAUUUCUUUGGCUCACAACAAUACUGCUCACUACACUACAAAAGUCCAUAUAUGACUUUUUUUAUUAGUUGUCGUCUCAUGAAUCCACAAUUUUAGCUGCUUUUCCAUCUUUUCCAUAGCUUCAUCACACACUAUAGAUGUUACUUUAGCACUUUCUGGAGCAGCCUCAUGUACAGAUGUGAAUGCACUGUAUUGUUGAUUCAUUAACAUUGAACUCAUGGCCAACAGCACUAUAACUCAUGCCCGAACGAAGCUUAUCUAACACACGUAUUUUCUCUGUUAAGACACAUCACAGCCUUCUUGCGCUUAGGGACAUCAGACAGCAUUUCAGCACUACGCUUGGGGGCCAUUUGAAACAGAGAAAUCACCAUCGGAAAGCAUAGAAAUUUGAAAAACGUGACACUAAGUAGAGUGAGAAGAGGACAUAUGUUUACAGAAUGAGAACUAAAAAAAAAAAGGCAGAGCAUGGCCUUAUUCAAGCACAGCUGGGAACGUGUACAUCAGGUGAUCCAAAUUUUUCACUGUUCUGCAUGUGUCCAUAUAUGACUGAGAGUGCUUCAAGUAUUGAUUUUUGGGUUACACAUAAUUUUUAGCAAGUAGCCGAGUUCAUAAAUACAGACUCUUUGAAUGAUGAUUGACUGUAUUUGUAGAGGUCACUUGCCAAGAAAGAGUGUGUUUCAAGCAUAAAAAUAGACUAUAUGAGGAUACAACUUUUUGGGUGAAGUGGAAUGAAUUAAAGGAGAAAGAAUGUCUGACUUGUUCAGAAACUUUUUAGAUGGAGAAAUGGGUAUUAUGUUUCUAUUACACUUAGAUUCUACUGGAUAUAUUUUUUAUAAAGGAUGCAAUGGUUUAAUUUAAAAAUGUUAUUAGAAUGUCAGAAAUUACAUCCUUUACAACUAUUUAAAACUAUGAAGAAAAAAAUUAGGUAUUACCUAGAUAUGUGAUAAUUUUUGAAAAUUAUUUUAAAGAGCAAAAUGGAUUAGGAAGCAGCUUUGCUUUUGCCAUUCCACUGAAAAAAUGUACAGUUUCGAUGGAAACAUGUCAGCACUUGCUUGAAGGAAUUUUUCAACUAUAGAAAGAAAAAAGCUUCAUUUCAUCCCUUUUGGCAUUGCUGAACACUUGGUUUUGAUGUAUAAUUUUAAAACACCUGAGCACCAUAAAAUGAAACCACAGUAUUCCUGAGAGUAGCCUGGUGAAAUGUCGUGAUUUUCUCCUACAGUACAGAAGGACAAAAAUGCCUUUAAUGUCCUCAAAUGCUAGAGUUCUAGAUGAUGCAUUAGUUUAAAUGUCAACGCUUAAUGUCUUGACAUGUAAUUUGGAACAGAAGUUUUCUUACAGUUAAAAUAAUCCUUAGAGUAAAAAACAAAAUAAAGUUUUUCGUAUGCCUCAGGCUUCUUAAAAUUUUCUAGUAAUUGGUACUGUUUCUGGUUUCCUUAGUUUCUUGCCGUGGGUAAGGUCCGAACACCUUACAUGUGUUGCUGGUGGCCCUCACAAUUCUACCUUGGACUAAAGCACUAGGGAGUCUGUAGGCGCCUUCCUGCGCUCCUCCACUGCGGUGGAUCCACAAUUUCUUCUCAGCUGACUUACUGGUUUUCAUGUUAACUAUUUCGGUUAAUCAUUCAUGAAGCACGUGGCUUAUAUUUGGGAAAACAUUGCACCUUAAUCCCAACAUGCAUAAUUUAUGUUGCUUAAUUAUUUUAAGUCAUUGCAUUAGAAUAGUAACUGCGCUCUCCAUGAACCUUGGCUAGAAAGAAGGGAAAAAAUCCCAGGUUCUCUCCCAACGAUCAGGGGUUACUCAAGCCGCCCGAGUUCUCUGGGGCCCCUCUGGGCCAGGCUGCGUCCACUUGGGAGAGGCCGAGGACCGGGCGCCAAGAGGCGGCGGUGUCUGCGCUAGGGGCCGAGCGGGUGCGCUGUGUCUGCGGGACAGGCCAAGGACCUGGAGCAGGGAGGAGGCUGAGCGCGGAGCCGGGCCUUGUCGUCUGCGUCCGCGAGGUUGGGGUAGAGGCCGAAGACUGGACAGGAGGAGGCGGCGGUGGCCGCGCGUGGGGCCAACCGGUGGGCUCCCUCUACCGGACCGAGGCCCAGCACUGGGCCAGAGGAGGUGGCAGCUCGCCGGCAAAGCAGGGUGGGCUGCCUCCGCGGGGGCCAACACCCGGCGCCAUCCGAAGACGUCCCGCGCGGGCCGGCGGGGGCGCGGUCUGAGGACGUCACUUCCGGCGCCGGGGCUCACUUCCUGGUGCGGGAAGGGGCAGAGAUUGGUGCAGCCCCGGAGGAAGAAGAAAGGGUGAGGAGAAGCAGCGGCUGCUGAGCGGGUCUACCCCGAGCCCCGGAGCGAGAGCGAGUGCCUGAGCAACAUCCGCGAGUUUCUGCGCGGCUGCGGGGCUUCCCUGCGGCUGGAGAUGAUGAUUAUUCCCCACCUUCUAAGAGACAAAGACCAACGAGCCACCGCAGCCACCAGUCCCAGAACCCGCCAAUGCUGGGGAACGGAAAAUGAGGCAGUUCAACUCUGGUCUGAAGGCCAGAAUUCUACAGUAAGUCCUACUGAGUCAAGGUGGGAGCAGGGUCGGUGGUUUCCGAGGCUCUGUGGGAGAAUCCGUUUCCUGGCCGUAGAGGUGGCCUGCACUCCUCAGCUUGUGCUGCCCGUCUCGAAUGACUGGAGUUUCCUGCUUCUGUCACUACACCUCCCACCCUCUCCAUCACCUGCUCUGCUCUUACAAGGAUCCGAGUGGAGUCUUGCUCUGUCAUCCAGGCUAGCAGUGGCGUGAUCUUGGCUCACUGCAAUGUCUGCCUCCUGGGUUCAGGUGAUUCUCCUGCCUCAGCCUCCUGAGUAGCUGGGACUACAGGCGCCCACCACCAUGCCCUGCUGUUUUGUAUUUUUGAGAAAUGGAAUCCUCGUAUCGCUGAUCUACGUAAACAAAUUGAAGAAUUGUCUGAAAGAAAAUAUGACAUGAACUUAUGAAUUCAACAGGUGAAGAUUUAGAACUUGAUAAAUCAACUUUGUGAGCUCGAGCUGUAAAAGCCAAAGGUCCGGUGAUGAUCCCAUACCCUUUUUUCCAGUCUCAUGUUGAAGAUUUUUAUGUAGAAGGCCUUCCCAAAGGAAUUUUUUUUUUUUUUUUUUGAGAUGGAGUUUUCACUCUUAUCGCCCAGGCUGGGGUGCAAUGGCGCAACCUUGCUGGUCACUGCAACCUCUGCCUCCUGGGUUCAAGAAAUUCUCCUGCCUUAGCCUCCCAAGUCGCUGGGAUUACAUGUGCCCACCACCACACCAGGCUAAUUUUUGUAUUUUUAGUGGAGAUGGGGUUUCACCAUGUUGGCCGGGCCAGUCUCGAACUCCUGACGUCAAGUGAUCUUCCCGCCUCGACUCCUGACAUCAAGUGAUCUUCCCGCCUCGGCCUCCCAUAGUGCUGAGAUUACAGACGUGAACCCAUGCCUGGCCAGGAAUUUUGUUUUUUAGGAAGGCUUUCUACUAAUGGAAUUCCUGGCCUUGAGAGGAUGUUACUUUCGAAGGAAAGGAUUUUUUUGUUAUUAAAAGAAACAGGACCUUGCCCUGUCACUCAGGAUGGAGUUCAGUGCUCCUAUCAUGGCUCAUUAUAGCCUCAAACUCCCAGGCUGAAGCAAUCCUACCAUGUCAGCCUUCCCGUAGCUGGGACUACAGGUCUCACACCGUCACCCAGGCUGGAGUACAGUGGCACAACCUCUGCUCACUGCAGCCUCCACCUGCCAGGCUCAAGCAAUUCUCCUGCCUCAGCCUCCCGAGUAGCUGGGAUUACAGGUAAGUGCCACCACACCCAGCUGAUUUUUGUGUUUUUUUGUAGAGACGAGGUUUCGCCGUGUUUCCCAGACUGUUCUCAAACUCCUGAGCUCAAAGCAGUCCACCCACCUUGGCCUCCCAGAGUGCUGGGAUUACAGGUGUGAGCCAUCUUGCUCAUUCUAGUUUAAACUUUUGAGUGGUUUGUGUCUCCUGAUUGGACUCCUACAAAUACAGAAUUGAUGCUAGGAAGGGUACCAGGAGAUAGACGCACACAGAUGGGAUUUGGGAAUAGGUUUGGUUAUCCAAGGAGCAGUGCUGAGCGCCUUGCUAAUGGGAUAUGGGAUGCUGGUGAUUUCCGGGAAGUGAGCUCACAAUGACUCAAGCUGCCACAUACUGUUGAUUGUGAAAUGCCAGUUGAAGCAUAUGUCCUGCGAGCUUAGGGGUGCUACAAGUUGACCACUGCAGCAGUAAAGAUGACUCUGAAGAAUGGCGUGGGAUGGAUCCUUUCAAAUGCACUUGAGCAGCGGUCUCCAACCACAGGGCCACAGAGCUGGAGCUGGAUCUACCAUGAAGGACUUCUGAAUCCAGGAAGAGAGACUGACUGGGCAACAUGUUAUUCAGGGUCUCUCUCUGUUGUCCAAGGCUGGAGGGUAGUAGUGCUAUCGCAGCUGACUGCAGCCUCAACCUUCCAGGCUGAAGCGAUCCUCCCAUCUCAACCUCCCACGUGGCUGAGACUACAGGUGCUUGCCACUAUGCCCAACUAAUAUUUGGAAUUUUCGUAUACGUGGAUUCCAGAGGGGUGACAGCGAAACGUGGGACCAUCCAGUUUCAGGAAGACGAGCUUGACACGCCCACUGAUUCUACAUUAUGCUCCUACCUCCCGGCAGCCUCGCCAGGCCCAGAACUCUCUCCAGUCAGCCUCUACAGACCAAGCUCAUGACUCACAAUGGCCUAUUGAGGCCCAUACCCUACCUCACGGCAGUCUCCGCAGAUGAGCCUCCUGCCUCACAACAGCCUCCACAGGCACAGCUCCAUCGUUACAAUGGCCUCUUUAGACCCAGCCCCUGCCUCCCAGCCUUCUCUCCAGGCCCUGAACUUUCUCCGUGGGACCAUCCAGUUUCAGGAAAACAAGCUUAACACGCCCACUGAUUCUACAUUAUGCUCCUACCUCCCGGCAGCCUCGCCAGGCCCAGAACUCUCUCCAGUCAGCCUCUACAGACCAAGCUCAUGACUCACAAUGGCCUAUUGAGGCCCAUACCCUACCUCACGGCAGUCUCCGCAGAUGAGCCUACUGCCUCACAACAGCCUCCACAGGCACAGCUCCAUCGUUACAAUGGCCUCUUUAGACCCAGCUCCUGCCUCCCAGCCUUCUCUCCAGGCCCUGAACUUUCUCCGUGAGGCACACGCCUUGGGAGCUAAGUGGUUGCUGCCCUUGACUACUAUGAAGACUGGUGUGGGAAGGGUCGCUUUGGAUGCACUUGAGCAGGGGUCCCCAACCCCUGAGCCAUGGAGCCGUAAGGAGCCACACAGCAGGUGGGACCAUCCAGUUUCAGGAAGACGAGCUUGACACGCCCACUGAUUCUACAUUAUGCUCCUACCUCCCGGCAGCCUCGCCAGGCCCAGAACUCUCUCCAGUCAGCCUCUACAGACCAAGCUCAUGACUCACAAUGGCCUAUUGAGGCCCAUACCCUACCUCACGGCAGUCUCCGCAGAUGAGCCUACUGCCUCACAACAGCCUCCACAGGCACAGCUCCAUCGUUACAAUGGCCUCUUUAGACCCAGCUCCUGCCUCCCAGCCUUCUCUCCAGGCCCUGAACUUUCUCCGGUCUCCCUCUGUUGUCCGAGGCUGGAGGGUAGUAGUGCUAUCGCAGCUGACUGCAGCCUCAACCUUCCAGGCUGAAGCGAUCCUCCCAUCUCAACCUCCCACGUGGCUGAGACUACAGGUGCUUGCCACUAUGCCCAACUAAUAUUUGGUAUUUUCGUAUACGUGGAUUCCAGAGGGGUAACAGCGAAACGUGGGACCAUCCAGUUUCAGGAAAACAAGCUUAACACGCCCACUGAUUCUACAUUAUGCAGAUUCUUCAGGCCCAGCAUCUGCCUCACUGUGGACCCCCCAAGCCAAGCUCCCAACCUUUCAGCAGCUUCUACACACCCAGCUCCCGCCUGCCAGUGGCCUUUUCAGGCCCAUGGGGCUCAUUCCUCACAACAGCCUUUCCAGUCCCAGUUUUUCCCUUCCGGCGGCCUCUCCGGGCUGAGAACCUCCUCAAGUCGGCCUCUCCAGACCCACUUGCACCCUCCAGGCGUCCUCUCCGGGCCAAGCUCCUCUUCCUGGCUGCGUCUCCAGGCCCGACUCCUGCCUCUCAACAACCUCUUUGGACUCAGUGCCUACCCAUCUCCUGGCGUCCUUGGUCGGACCACAGCUUCCUCAAGCCAAGCUCCCCAGGCCCAGGUCAGGCCUCACGGUGCCCCCUCCACGAUGAGCUCAUGCCCUCCAAUGGCACCUGCAGGCCCCAAAUGGUCUCCGGUCGGUGGGCUCCUCCACGCCAAGCUUGGGCCUCCCGGUGACCUCUGCAGGCCCAAGUUGUCCUGAAGUCAGCAUCUCCUGGCCGUGCCUCCCAGCAAGUAAGCAAGCUCUUUUGGCUCAACUCCUGCCCAGCUCCCAACCGCCUUUGUAGGUCCCGAACUUUCUCCAGCCAAGUUCUUUGGGCCUCAUUCCUGCAGCCCGGUGGCCUGUACGGGCCCAGCAAUGGUUGGAGAAUGGCCUCUGCAGGUCCCGCUCUUGCCUCCCAGGGGCCUCUCCAGACCCAGCUCUCGCCCCCACGGCGGCCACCCGGGGCCAAGUCCCUGCCUGCCUCCCAGCAGCCCGCAUGCGGCCCAGCUCCUCCCUCACGGUGGCCUGUUGAUGCCCAUGCCUCUGGUACCCUGCCCAGAGGCAUGAGCCCCUGCCACACACUGGCUCCUCCCACGCUGAGAGAGGUCAGCGUGAGCCGUUGCCUCACACGGGCCCCUCCCACGCUGAGAGAGGUCAGCGUGAGCCCCUUGCCUCACACCGGCCCCUCCCACGCUGAGAGAGGUCGGCGUGAGCCCUUGACUCACACCGGACCCUCCCACGGUGAGAGAGGUCAGCAUCAGCCCCUUGCCUCACACCGGCCCCUCCCACGCUGAGAGAGGUCGGCGUGAGCCCCUUGCCUCACACCGGCCCCUCCCACGCUGAGAGAGGUCGGCGUGAGCCCCUUGCCUCACACCGGCCCCUCCCACGCUGAGAGAGGUCGGCGUGAGCCCUUGCCUCACACCGGCCCCUCCCACGCUGAGAGAGGUCAACAUGAGCCCCUUGCCUCACACCGGCCCCUCCCACGCUGAGAGAGGUCAACAUGAGCCCCUUGCCUCACACCGGCCCCUCCCACGCUGAGAGAGGUCGGCCUGAGCCCUUGCCUCACACCGGCCCCUCCCACGCUGACAGAGGUCAGCCUGAGCCCCUUACCUCACACCGGCCCCUCCCACUGUGAGAGAGGUCAGCGUGAGCCCUUGCCUCACACCGGCCCCUCCCACGCUGACAGAGGUCAGCCUGAGCCCCUUACCUCACACCGGCCCCUCCCACUGUGAGAGAGGUCAGCGUGAGCCCUUGCCUCACACCGGCCCCUCCCACGCUGAGAGAGGUCAACAUGAGCCCCUUGCCUCACACCGGCCCCUCCCACGCUGAGAGAGGUCGGCGUGAGCCCUUGCCUCACACCGGCCCCUCCCACGCUGAGAGAGGUCGGCGUCAGCCCCUUGCCUCACACCGGCCCCUCCCACGCUGAGAGAGGUCGGCGUGAGCCCUUGCCUCACACCGGCCCCUCCCACGCUGAGAGGUCGGCGUGAGCCCCUUGCCUCACACCGGCCCCUCCCACUGUGAGAGAGGUCAGCGUCAGCCCCUUGCCUCACACCGGCCCCUCCCACGCUGAGAGAGGUCAGUGUGAGCCCUUGCCUCACACCGGCCCCUCCCACGCUGAGAGAGGUUGGCAUGAGCCCCUUGCCUCACACCGGCCCCUCCCACUGUGAGAGAGGUCAGCGUGAGCCCUUGCCUCACACCGGCCCCUCCCACGCUGAGAGAGGUCAGCGUCAGCCCCUUGCCUCACACCGGCCCCUCCCACGCUGAGAGAGGUCAGUGUGAGCCCUUGCCUCACACCGGCCCCUCCCACGCUGAGAGAGGUUGGCAUGAGCCCCUUGCCUCACACCGGCCCCUCCCACUGUGAGAGAGGUCAGCGUGAGCCCUUGCCUCACACCGGCCCCUCCCACGCUGAGAGAGGUCAGCGUCAGCCCCUUGCCUCACACCGGCCCCUCCCACGCUGAGAGAGGUCAGUGUGAGCCCUUGCCUCACACCGGCCCCUCCCACGCUGAGAGAGGUUGGCAUGAGCCCCUUGCCUCACACCGGCCCCUCCCACUGUGAGAGAGGUCAGCGUGAGCCCUUGCCUCACACCGGCCCCUCCCACGGUGAGAGAGGUCGGCGUCAGCCCCUUGCCUCACACCGGCCCCUCCCACGCUGAGAGAGGUCGGCAUGAGCCCUUGCCUCACACCGGCCCCUCCCACGCUGAGAGAGGUCAGCGUGACCCCCUGCCUCAACAGGCCACCGUGAGGGAGGAGCAGGGUCACACGCGGGCUGCUGUGAGGCAGGCAGCGACUUGGGCCUGGGAGGUCGUGGUGGGGCGAGAGCUGGGCUUGGAGACUCCCCUGGGAGGCAACAGUGGGGCCUACAGACUCUGUUCUCCAGCCAGAGCUGGGACUGUUCAGGUACUGGGAGGUGGGAUGUGGGUCUGAAGAGCUUGGUUGCAGAAACUUCGGGGUGUACAAACGCAGGUGGGAGCUGAGCCAAAAAAGCUUGUUUGCUGGGAGGCGGGAGAUGCAACCAGGAGAAACAGCUGUGCCUGCAGAGGCCGCCAUGUGGGAGGCGGAGGCCGGGCCUCCUCAAAUCGGCCUCUCCAGACCCACUUGCAGCCUCCCGGCAUCCUCUCUGGGCCCAGCUCUUCCUCCCGGCUGCGUCUCCAGGCCUGACUCUGGCCUCCCAACAACGUCUUUGGACUCAGCUCCUGCCCAGCUCCCAGCAGGCCCAAGUCGUCGUCAAGUCGGCCUGGAAUUGGGCCCGGAAGAGCAGCAAGUCGGCCUCCCCGGGCCCAGCUCCGUCCUCUCGGCGGCCUCUCCAGGUGCAAAACUUCCUCGAGUCAGCCUCUCCAGGCCCAGCUCCUCCUGCCUCCCAGUGGCCUCUUUCAGCCCAGACCAGCUCAUGGCUCUUGGCGGCCUUCCCAGGCCCCGCUUUUGACUUUUGGUGGCCUCUUCAGGCCCAGAACUUGACCUCCAGUGGGCCUUUGCAGGCCCGGCCUCCUGCCUUUCGAAGGCCUGCACGGGCCUGGACUCACAGCGGACUCACAGCGGACUCUCCAUGCCCAGCUAGCUCUCGCCUCAUUGCGGCCUCCCGAGUCCAAAGCUCCUGCCUCUCGGCCGCUUCGGCAGGCCCAGCUCCCGCCUGCCAGUGGCCUCUUUAGGCCCAGCUCAUUCCUCACAACGGCCUUCCCAGGCCCCGUUUUUCCCUUCCGGCAGCCUCUUGGCCUCUAAUUUGUUUAUCUUUUGUGUAUAAAUCCCAAAAUAUUGAAUUUUGGAAUAUUUCCACCAUUAUGUAAAUAUUUUGGUAGGUGAUUUAUUUGGGGUGAGUUUCUGCACCAAGCCCGAAUUUUUUAUUUUAUUUUCCUUAUUAUUUGGUGUUAAACAGGUUUAAUGACGGUCACGGCAACUGUUUGACACAAUGAAAAAUAUCGCCCAUGAUCAACGUGUUCUGUUCUGGGGAAGGGGGCAAAGGCAGGGUGAAUCACUUUCUUAAAAAGUAUAGCUCAAGUUGGGAGUGCAGAGGGAAUGGGGAGAAAACCCUCCCGCUGCCUGUGUCGAAGUGCAGGAGCCCCCACCCCCAUACUCACCUGAGUCCAGCCCCUCUGGAGAAAGAAGGGGUGCAUGAACUCCCCCUAGUCCACAGGCACCUCCCUGUGGCCCAAGGCCCUCUUCACACUCCAUCUUGUAGACCCUACAGGAGCUAUUUUCUGAAAAUAGCUUUCGGAAGGGUUGCACCAGAGCCUGAGCAGGGUGAGGUGGGGUCAGGCAGGGCUGGGAGUCAGGGCAGGGGCAGCAGCAGUGGACCCGCUAUGCACACAUCUUCUUCUCCAAGGUUUGUGUGCAGAACCUCCUGCCCAUGCUGCCCCAGCAGCUUCAGUUGGCACCUGCCCCAGUCCAGCCUCUGGGACCCAUGCAGCAGCUCCCAGCGGCCCUGCACCCACCACCAGCAUCCGUUUCACCUGCAGUUGAAGAUCCGUGAGGUGCCCAGAAUAUCAUGUAGUCAUCAGUCCCACGGAGCAGCCCGCGAGGCUGAGGCUCCUCCCACUGGACCGCCCCCCAUCUGGCACCACUGCUGCCCCUGCCCCUACUCUCAGCCUCACGUGACUCUCGGGCAGAGGCAGUGGUGGGGCAGCCAGGGCAGCGUCAAGAGUCUGAGCCAGGUGAGGUGCGGUCAGGACCCCCACAGGGCUGGGAGUCAGGGCAGGGGCAGAACAAACCUUGGAGGGGAAGAUGUGUGCAUAGUGGGCCUGGAGGGCGGCUGUGGCCUAGUGGAUGGGAAGAAGCAGUGGGCCUGGAAGAGCUGCAUGAUCAGGGCCGGCACUGGUCCAGGGUGCGUGCAGUGAAGAGGACAGCGCCUUCUCGGUCUCCGGUUCCCUGAGCCUGUCCUCGGGAGUCUGCCCCUACCUGAGAGGCCCUCCUGCCCGGCACCCACCUGUGGAAGCCCAGUCCAUUCUUCAAAGCUGUAAUCACUAGAGUGCCGUGGGUUGCAAGUGACAGAUAACCAACUCAGAGUGGCUUAAACAAUGAGGACAGCUGAGGUCCUGCUGCACCAGGGUGCACCAAUGCAGCAGCCCCUCAGCACUGUUAGGGUGAUGGUUCUCUCCAUCUUUGCUUGUGGCUGUGCGCUUUUCCUUGUAGAGCAAAAUCAAGUCCCGUUUCCUAUUCCUAAGGGUGUCUGGGUGAGGAAGGUUCAGGUGCAAACCAAGGUCAGAAUGACGCUGUCAGUCUCCAUCAGCCAAGCAGGACCCUCAGGUCCAAGGUGGCUGCUGCAGGUCCAGGCAUCACAUGUAACAAUAAGGUCCUUGGCUGGGUAAGGAAUUGGGUCUCGUGUCUCAGUUUAAGAGUGAGGAAACCUCUCCCAGAAGUCCCCAGGAGACCUGUCCUUUUGUCUCGUUGGCCAGAAUUGGAUCACUUGCCCGUGUUAAACCUGCCCUGUGUGGUUCACCCAGGACCGGGUCAGGACUGAUGCCUGUGCAGGUCUGGAGCAAGGACAAGGCGUUGAGUCCACCACAAAGGUUCUCCGUGUUAGGGGGCAUAUUCCAGCCCCCAUGGGCUGUGGUGCCCCUUCCUUUGAGCCCAGAACCUCUUUGGCCCCAGUCAUGUUCUACCUGGACCUGUGAUAUUUGUAAUGCACUCGAUGUUACGGCACCAACUAUGUGGCAGGCUCUGUGUUAGGCACAGAGAUACAAGAAUGCUGAGAGGCAACCUCUGACCUGAGGGUGUUCAUCAAAACCAAGACAAACAGGCGACCCCACAGCGAGGGACAGGGAGGCAAGAACCCAGAUGGAAAGCUCUGGCUGGUGGAGGUCACUCACAGAGAGGGCUCAGCCCUAAGACUGGGAGGAGGGAGGAGGUGGGCUGACGGAAAAGAGGAAAGGGAGGUGCUCUUGGCAGAGGGACAGCUGUGUACACAGGUCCUGAAGUGUCAGAAACUCAGCCCAGUGUAGGCAAAACAAUAGAGCCAAGUGGCUCAAAGAAGGGGAAGAGACCUAUGAGGAGGCCAAAGUGGUCAUAUCACACAAGGUCUUGAAUGCCACACCAAGGAGGCUGAACUGAGUCCAGGAGUUGAUGGAGAACCUUUCAACAAUUUAAAGCAGAUGAAUGAAGAUGUUUAUAAAAAUCUUAACACUUGUCUCUAAGCUCCUGGGAAGCAGGGAUGAUGGCUCGUUUCUCUCUGUCCCCCCUGCAGUGCCGGCCUGGCUGAAUGGCUGUUUCCCCAACUAUAAAAUGCUUUCAACACAAGCUUGAUGAUU